AUGGCGUAUUCGUCGCGACCAACUUCCAUGCUUCCAGGGGGACUUCGUCAUCCUCAGCCCUCCUCAGCUCUGACUACCCGCAUUGCCGCCAAAAAGGCCGAACUAGAGAAUCUCCGCCAACUCCGUGAUCUAAGCGGGACACUCGCUAUGCAAAUGCAGGCGCUCGAGAGCAAGAUAACCACGUUGAAGGAUGGUACUGAAGCCGUUGCAUGCGUGCUUGCCAAUUGGGACAAUGUACUGCGCGCCAUUAGUCUCGCCUCCAAGAAAGCUGGUGGACUUCAUGACCCGGAAACAACCGAGAACCCUCCAAAUGACUCUAGCUUACCAGCCACCUUGGUUCGCAUCCCUGACCAGGCCGAAUGA